AGCAAAUUUUGCAAGAACCAUUCACUGACAAGCAACGGCUGUCAUUACGCAGUAUGUCAAAAUUCAAAAGACGUUUUCUCAAAAAGUCCAGGUAGAUGCACGAAUAUGCGUUAAGAAAAUUUCCGUCUUGUUCAUCACUAUGUUCCGUUUAUAAGCAUGGCUAUGAAGAAUACCCCUGUUGCAGAGGAUGCUUAAGUCGAAAAUCAAAAUCAAAAAGGAACUACCUUCUCAGGCACGAGUCAAGUGUGGAACUUUACAACCUCCUGCAAGGACAAAACUCAGUGCCAGUGGAUGAAGGACAAAAGGAAGGGGAAUCAUAUACACCCAUCCCUUCCGCUUAUAAUGGAUUUCAGACCUUCCAUAGUUAUACCUUGAUGCCAAAUAGCGCUCCGAACAGCAAGGCAUGUUUAUGUGAAUCCAUUGAACCAAUGGUUGGAGAGGAGAUGAAUGAGGCACCACUAGCAGUGAGCCCUAUGGCAGUUCCUCCAAAAAAAGAAAAAAUCAAUUGCUGUGCCUUGUUCAAAAAGAAGAAGAGAAUGAAUAGAUGUGAAACAAGUAUCAAAAAUGGGAUAAUGGAUAGGAAACCAAUGAAAGGCAUAAUGAGUGAAGGUAAAGGAGAUGAUGCAAACAGAGAAAUACGAAUAGUCCUUUGCAGUGGUACUUGCGAGUCGUCCAGUGCUACAAACACUGCAGCUACAGCCAGCGCUGCUGCCUCCAUGAUAUUCAGUCCAAAUAAUGAUAGGAUGCGAGAAACAACAAACAGCGCACCUUCAAAGUAUCAACAGGAGAAAAGAGAUCAAAUCAAUCAAAGUCCGAAAGACAAACGCCACCUAUCGGACGCUCUCACCCAAACUUCUCUGGUGAACGAUGAUAGCAAAACUGGAUCAUCUAGAGCAACUUUUGCUAGAAAGCAAAGCUUUGGUAUAGGUACAGGUAGAAAAUGUAACUGUCAAGAACAACUAGAAGUGCUGAAGAUGUUGAUAAAAAUGGAGGCAAAACAGAACUACAGGUUGAUUAGCAACAUAAUGAAGGAGCUGUCUUAUCAGAGAGAAGAAGUGCAUCGGCUGACAAACCUGUAUGAAGAUGAACUGUCUGGUUCAAGGAGAAGAGACGAUAUCUUCGGAAGCGAUCUUUGUGUCUGUGAGGUUAAGUGCAAAUGCAAGAAGUGCUCUGGCAAGUCAAACAACAAACACGUUAAAGAUAUGUUGAACCGUUCCGUGAAAAGUGAUUCCUUUGACCACUCAGAAACAUCCGAGAACAAAAAAGAUGGUUUGUCCGUGUACAGUAUGUAUAGCCAGGAGACUCCUGCCAAGAAUAUGAUUGUGAAGAACUGCUCAAAAACGGUCUUCUGCGUCCAAGACGAGGUAACAAACGUAGAAAGCUCCAAGGAGCGAAGAGAAAAUACUGAAUGUAACUGUACAUGCCCAACUGUCGAGCGUAAAAGCGUUUCUUUUGUACCAGAACCAGAACUAAAUCAAGGCGAAGAGAAGAAGAAAGAGUCAAGCAGUUGCCCGAUGUUGAGGAAAGUACUACAUUUAUUAAAUUUUAGGAGAAGAUCAUCGGUGAUACCGGUAAAUUAGCUCAGCUAAAGAUACUUAAAAGGUUCUGUCCGAGUCACCACUGGAUGUUCAUGCAGAAAAUACAAUAUAUGAGAUAUGCUGAUGCCGUCAUUUUGGCUAAUAAAUAAGACCAGAUGUUCUAAAUUAA